AAGAGGUAGAGGAGAGGAGAGCAAAAUAGUUGUUUUCUAUCUCCGUGUGGCUCACACUGAGUGUUAUCUCACCAAAAGAGCGGGAAUAUUUUAUUUAUUUUUAUUCUGUUCAUGUUAUCACCACUGAUCAAACAGAAUAAAAACCUUGUUAAACUGGGGUUUUCUUCAAUCUGAACUCAACAGUAAAACAGAUUUCAUCUCAGACUGAUUCUUCUUGUGGGACUAGUUUUAUUAGGAUCCUACUAGUUUGUCAUAAUACCAGUCUGUCUCUGAGAUGGGGUCCAGAACUCUUCUACUUGUUCUGGGUCUUCAUUUCACUCUACUGGGGAACCUAGAGGCCAGAGUUUGCGGCCUGGGCUUCAUGGUCAAAGAAAGACAACAAUGUUUUGAUACAAAUGAGUGUAAAGAGUGGGACAGUACCCGACCCUGUGGAAGUAAUGCCACGUGUUACAACACAUAUGGAAGCUUCUACUGUCAGUGUCUACCUGGGUUCAGAUCCACAACAUCUGUCAACUUUACUGCUCUCACUGGAGCGUGUAACGAUCUCAAUGAGUGCCAGGAGACACCAUGGGUUUGUGGCAACAACACCAUUUGCCUCAACACCAUCGGGAGCUUCAAAUGCCAGUGUCAACCUGGGUUCAGAUCCACAACGACUGUCAACUAUACUGCUCUCACAGGGGAGUGUAAGGAUCUCAAUGAGUGCCAGGAGACACCAUGGGUUUGUGGCAACAACACCAUUUGCCUCAACACCAUCGGGAGCUUCAAAUGCCAGUGUCAACCUGGGUUCAGAUCCACACGACUGUCAACUAUACUGCUCUCACAGGGGAGUGUAAGGACAUAGAUGAGUGUAAUGUAACUGCUGGUAUCUGUGGAGGGGGAGGGACCUGUCAGAACCAGGAAGGAAACUACAGUUGCCUCUGUCUACCUGGAUACAGUAAUCAUGGCAACAAACAGGCGAGGUGCUCAGACAUAGAUGAGUGUAAUGCAACUGCUGGUAUCUGUGGAGGGGGAGGGUCCUGUCAGAACCAGGAAGGAAACUACAGUUGCCUCUGUCUACCUGGAUACAGUAAUCAUGGCAACAAACAGGCGAGGUGCUCAGGUGAGGACAGAAUAUGGUACCAUGAUGCACUUCUUCCCACUAUAUGGUACAGUAAGGUGCGAUAACUUUGUCUUUCUU